AGAGGCUGGAUGAAUAAUGCACCAAAGGGUGGGUGUGGAGAGCUUAUGAGGGUGUGUGUAAGCGUGCGUAUAAGCGUGUAUGAGGGAUCCCUCCCCCGCUUCACUAUGAGGUCAGCAGUAGAACAUCGGUGCUGGGAGAGAAGACAGAAAACCGGGUGAACCAGAAAAGGAAGCUGCAGCAUAGAAGGGACAGGAGGACAGAGAGAGAGAGAGAGAGAGAGAGAGAGAGAGAGAGAGAGAGAGAGAGAGAUCUGGUGGAAUACUAUGCUGAGCAGGGAGUGACGGCUGCAGUGAUGACGGCUAUGCUGAGUCCUAAGAUCAAGCAGACCAGGAGAGCCAGGUCAAAGAGCAUGGUGAUGGGUGAGGUGAGCCAUGGCUCGGGUGGCUCCACAUCUCCAGGACUCCAUGAGGGAGUGCUCAAGGCCGGCUGGCUCAAGAAGCAGAGAAGCAUCAUGAAGAACUGGCAGCUGCGUUGGUUCGUGCUGCGCUCCGAUUAUCUCUAUUUCUACAAGGACGAGGAGGAAACAAAGCCUCAGGGUUGUAUCUCACUCAAGGGGAGCCAAGUGAAUGAGCUUACAGCUAAUCCUGAGGAACCAGGCCGUUAUCUGUUUGAGAUCGUACCAGGUGCAGCUGGUGAAAAAGACAAGACCCCUGUGAGCCAUGAGACAUUUUUGCUGAUGGCCAACUCCCAGAAUGACCUGGACGAUUGGGUGAAGGCGAUCAGACGAGUUAUAUGGGCUCCUUUAGGAGGAGGAAUCUUUGGACAAGGCCUGGAGGACACAGUUCAGUACGAAAAAAAAUUUGGUGUUCGACUCGCCCCCCUGUUAGUCGAGCAGUGUGUGAAUUUCAUUAGGGAACGAGGACUCGAUGAGGAGGGUCUCUUUAGGAUGCCAGGCCAGGCCAACCUGGUCAAAGAGCUUCAGGAUGCUUUUGACUGUGGAGAGAAACCUCAGUUUGACAGUAACACUGACGUCCACACUGUGGCUUCCCUGCUGAAGCUCUACCUCAGAGAGCUGCCUGAGCCUGUCAUCCCCUUCUGCAAGUAUGAGGAUUUUCUUACUUGUGCCCAGCUUCUGGCCAAAGAUGAAGAGGAGGGACUGCAAGAAUUAGGACAGCAAGUGAAGACUCUUCCCUCGGCUAACUACAAUCUCUUAAAAUAUAUUUGCAAGUUCCUUGAUGAAGUACAGUCACACUCUAUUGAAAACAAAAUGAGUGUACAGAACCUGGCCACUGUGUUUGGACCAAACAUUUUACGUCCCAACAUGGAAGACCCAGUAGUUAUUAUGGAAGGAACCUCUCUGGUUCAGCAUCUCAUGACUGUACUUAUCAGCAAACAUGAUCAACUGUAUCCUGAUCAGGAGUUGGAACCACCUGAAGUCUCCAUGGAGGUGAGAUCUCAGCACCAUCAGCAGUCCAACCUAAUUGGCUGGAUCUCUGAGGAAGAUCUCCAAAGCCUGACACCUCCUGGGAAAAACCCCAACAUAAGUGACCAUCCCAGCAGCAGCAGUACGUCAUCUUUGGAUGGUAUCCCAGCAGUCCCGUCUCCAAAAUCAGGCCCUCAAGGAAAAGCUGAGACAGCCAUCAGUCCAAGCAAGCAAGCAAAAACUUUACCUUCCUGGAAAUACACAUUCAAAGGUUCCUCACCCCGACCCCAACCUGCAAAAACUGCCGGUCCAUCGGCAGAUGUGGCCAAUGUCUCCAGUGGAAACUGGCUCAUGAACGGACUCUCGUCACUAAGAGGGCAUCGUCGUACUUCCACAGGGGAACGUGCAAAGGAUUCUGGGUCGUCCCAAAGACUUUCAACCUAUGACAACGUUACUGUUCCCAAUGUAGACAGCCCUCAGUGGUCCAACUUAUCUUGUGAAAUCUCAGUGUCUGGGAGUGACAACAUGGAGUCAGACCCAAGAACAGAGUCGGAUGAAAAUUCCUUAGAUCCUGACCAGCCUGUGGAUGAUGUCAGUUGCAUAGAGCAAGAAGAUGCCAGUGGGAAUAUGGUGUCAACCUGCAGCAGUGACACCAAUAUACACAAUACUGUGCCAGUCAUCACAGUCAUGGCCGAGGACACUGAUGAAAGCUCGUCAUCACUGGUCAGUGUGGUAGCAGCACUGAAAGAUGAACUGAAGAGUCAGAAACUGGUUUACGAAACUAGGAUCAACAAGCUGGAAGAGUCAAGUGCACUGCUUCGUGCUCAGAUGGAAAGAUUGGAGCAUGACAUGGAACAGGAAAGGAAGAAACAAAGAAUGCUGGAAAUCAAACUGAGGAACUCUGAAAGGGCCCGGGAGGAUGCCGAAAACCGUAACCGGCUCCUGGAGAAAGAAAUGGAGGACUUCUUUUCUACACUCGGGGACCUGGCUCUUGGAAGUAGAACAAGUGACAUUUAGCGAUAUUUCAAUGUGUUUAGGACAUGAUGGAAAUCAUCCACAAACCAGUCUGUGGGCAGUACAGUCUCUGCAUUUCCUCAGGUCUCUCUAGAAAGGCAUGGACUGAAAUUCCAUGUUUAUUCCAUGACUAUUUCUCUAACCUCAUAUUACUUGAUUGUCUUGACCAGGACCUACAGGAUGACAGAAGAUAUAUCAAUGAGAUACAAGGCCUUACUCACCAAGGUCUACAACAAUAUCACUGUGGAUGUUUGUGCAGUGGAUUCCUGCCAGGAAUGCCAGGCUGUUUACCCAGUUGUUUACACUUACAGCUGUUUUGUCCAGGUAUAGAGACCGUUUCCCAACUAAUGCAACAAAGACCAUUCAUAACCAAAGCCUAUGUAAAUUGCUGCCAUUAUUCAGUUUGGAAACAUAAAAGUCUCACUUCUGCCCUAAAAAAAAAAAAAGAAAGAAAAAAAAAAAGAAUUGUAAUGACAGUGCCUUUGUGGAGGUUUUGUGUUGAAAACGUAUCACCUGACUUGCUUGACUAGUAUAGUUCCAAGUUUUGGAAGGUAUAUUGGAAACAUUUCAUGUCAUGUAUAAUAUUAAAGUCAGUGUUAUGAAAAGACGCGUUAUAAAAUGCAUCAUUAAAUGGGAAAUGGUAAUGCUCAGAUUUUAUGAGAUAUUUAAGAAAGUGAUUAGAGGUUAAUAUAAUGUUAUAAGAAUGUGUUCAAUGUUGAUUGUUUUACUGAUUGAUUGGAAUUUAUUUUAUAGUGUGAAAAGUCCUUUUGAAAACACGCUGUGUGUAUUUCACGUGUGAUGAUUCGGUCCAAAUCAGGAACGAGAACCCUUUUUGUUACAAGUGAUUAAUAAGCAGUCAAUAUUUAUAAAUCUGCAUUACAACCAUAAACAAUAAAUAUACGCAACACACAGUCAUAUUUGCUAUAAACUUUUUGUUGAUUUGCGCCCAGUGCUUCAGAUACUGAUAAAUCUUUUUCAGUAGCUCCUCCCACUAAAUUCUAUUUCUGAAUAGAAUUAGAACACAUCUUUUCAUGGCUGUCGAGCAUAUAAGGACAUAAACAAUCCAUCUCAACGUGCUUAAGUGUUAUUUAUAUUUUUGAAACCCUGACCAGUUAAUGUGGUGCUAUUGUUCUGUACACAGAUAUGUGCAAUUAA